GUUCAGACACCUGCCUCCCCUGCCUACUUCGGGUGCCUUCUUCAGAAAUGAAGUAAUGAGCUGGGUGUGUCCGCCAUAUUAGUAGAGCGAGCCUUCUGCAAAGGAUGCAGUGGUACGCUUUCUGGAGUGUUCUGGGCCUCAGCCUCCUAGUAGAUGGCACUUGGCAGGAUGAUUUCGAGGACUUUGGUUAUAAAGUCUCCAUCUCAGGAACCAACAUCGAACUGACAUGCCCUCUAGACAGUGAUAAAAUAAAAUGGGAAAAAAAUGACAAAGAACUGUCUGGAGAGAGUAACAAAAAACUCAUGCUAAGUGAUUUUUCGGAAGUUGAGGACAGCGGCUACUACGCCUGCUACAUAGAGGCCAAAGAGAAGAACGCGUACCUCUACCUGAAAGCAAAAGUGUGUGAGAAUUGUGUGGAGGUGGACCUGACAGCAGUGGCCAUAAUCAUCGUCGUCGACAUCUGCAUCACUCUGGGCUUGCUGAUGGUGGUUUAUUACUGGAGCAAGAAUAGAAAGGCCAAGGCCAAACCUGUGACCCGAGGAACCGGUGCUGGUGGCAGGCCCAGAGUGCAAAACAAGGAGCGGCCACCACCUGUUCCCAACCCAGACUAUGAGCCCAUCCGCAAAGCCCAGCGGGACCUGUAUUCUGGCCUGAAUCAGAGAGCAGUCUGACAGAAAGAAGGGAUGCUGCCUUCCGUGGACCCAGCCCCAGCCCUCUGAGCACCAUGCUAUUCCCUGCUCUCUGGACAAAUUGUGGACCCCACAGAAUUGUUCUUCAGCCAUCUGGUGAACAUGUUCUGGAACCUUGCCUCUGCUUCCUCUCUUGCCUCCUCUGCUAGUGUUCAGUACUGGGAUGUUGCUGCCUCGCUAUCCUCUGAAGCAUCAUGGGUGAUCAGACCCUCAGCCAGCCAUGUUGUCAGGAUGCUUAUUCCAGCCCCCCAGUACCUGCCAGCUCCUUCUUUUUUGCACAGAUGUUAUCUUUGCUGCCAGUCCCCUCCUUUUCCUGCAUAUAAAUUGGCCCUCUUCCGCAGCUCUUCCCUAUAGCUUUCUGUAUUUCCAACUCUGUGUUUUACACCCUUCUCUGGGAAUGGACUGGGUGAUAUUUGGCAGAGGUCCUAGCCCAGCAGGUGCUGUGAGCCCCUUUCCAGGUUUUAUCUUAAAUCUUUAUUUAGAUAGUCAUCUGCAUCUCUGUGAAUAUACCAGAAUCCUCUCCGCUAGUGGCAAAGCAAUAAAGUGUG